CAGUCUCUAAAGGGAUAUCCUUAGACGGGGUAAACACCAAGUGGGAGGCAAGAUGGGGUUUCCCAUUCUUGGGGGCUUUUGUUCACUGAAUGGGGAGUCCCCUUGCCCCUUCUCCUCCCUUUUAGGUUUCCUGAAAGCCCACUGACACUCUCUGUCAACUACAUUUGGUUUACAGAGGAUGCUGCCCUUUGAGCAGUCUCCAGUUCUCUUGAUCAAUGAGCAAACCACACCAGUGGGGGAGCUGAGUCACAGGCACAUGAUAUAGGGCUGGGAGGUGAGGGGGACUACACUCCACUGGGUGAUGAUGUAAUCUUCCAGACCCCUGUACCUUUCCUUCUACACUUGGGGUAUCUCCCUCUUGGCUUUUCCCCACUUCUUCCAUAUCUUCAGGGAUUGUGUAUUUCUGUGUUGGAGGAAGGAUGUUUCCCUCUGUAUACAUACAUAUCAGGGAUUGGUGCUUUUAUGUGUCCAGGCCAAGUAUCUUUUAUAUGGGUGUCUAAUGAGUCCCUGGGUGUGGUGGUGUGAGGAAUUAGAAAGCUCAGAAAUGGAAAAUAUUUAACGUUCAGAGAAGCAAAUGAUUAAAGCUUGCCCAUUUGCAUUUUCCCUUUCACUCUGACUCAUCUUCCCCUCUCCCCACCCUAUUAUUGCCCCUCCACCAGCCCCACCCAUUGGCACACCCUGUCUGAUCUAGGAAGGGUUAACUUCUGCCUGCACCCAAGCUAGAAUGAGAGGUAGAGGGAAGGCAUGUUAGGUCUGGAGGGAGAGAGUAGAAGGCUGGUCUGAACAUUUUGGGGUCCUGGAGCCAAAGGGAGAAGCAGGAGUUUAGAGACAUAAUAUUUGAGUCUAGGAGGGGACCAGAAUCUAAGGGAGAAGCCUAGGGGGAACCAGACCAUGUCUUGUCAUCAGAGCAGCCUACCCGUGCCUGACUUGUAUAUCUUACAGUUAUUUAUUUGGCAUAUAUGACAUGCCAGGCACUUAUCAUGAGUGAUUUAUCAACACUUGUUGAAUGAAUGAAAAAUUUGCCACAGGAUGAGGGAUAAUGGAAUAACAAGAAACAGAAAAAGAAAUUUGAGUCUCUCAGACCUCAUCCUUUCCCCAGGUUAAAGAGUGGUAAAGUGUGAAAAGAGGGGAAAUCUCCAAGGACCUUGACCCCUUGGGCAGGAAGUGAAAGAAACCCUGGAGUCCUGAUUUCAGAGAAAUGUCAUUUGUCAUCAACUCAAGAAAAGGAGUUUUUCUCUUCGAAGACCACCGCAAGCCCUUCCUGGGGUUGCCCCCUUCAGCGCUUGAUGGGAGGAUCUGAGUCACUCACACAUGCAGUCCCCAAUGGUGGCCCAGAUGACAGGGGUCAUUCCCACAUAGCUGUCAAGGCUUCGUAGUACUAAGUCAGGCAUGCUUUCGGCCCUCCUUCACUCUCUUCUUGGAAUCUAGAUGCUUCAGUCCUUUUUACUUCUCAGGUAGUAGAAACAGCUUCCAGCUGCUAGAGCUCUAAUGACAGCUCUAAGAAACAGAACUAAUACUAUUUGAAUGACGCUGUGUACUGAUAAACCACUUUCACAUUCAUCAUGUCAUUUCAUCCUCACUUCCACCUCCAAGUGAGGUAAGCAGAGGUUAUCCCUAUUUCAUGGACGAGGUAACAGAGGCUCAGAGAGGUGACUUGCCCAAGGUGAUUCAGCUAGAAAAUGGUCGAGAUGAAACUCAAAUGAGGUCUGAUUAGUCCAAAGUUCUUGUUGCCUCAGUUACACUUCUUUGACUCGAGAAGUUCACAAAUGAAAUAAAGACAGGUCAGGAGGCAAUGCCUGGAUUCUGGAAGUAGAGGGGGUGGUCUCUCCUGGAGGGGUGAAGCAGAGCCAGGAGUAUAAAACCACACCCCCUUGGGGGACUGUGGCAGACUGAUACUUGGGACACCCAAUGGAAGACUGUGAGGUCAGAGGCGGGGCUAGCUCCAGGGGGGGGCCCCAGGAGCCCCAACAGCAGUUCAGAGCAUGCGGUGUCCAGGAGGAAGCUACAACCGGCUUGAGAAUAUGCUGUUCCUCCCUCUCCUUUCUGCCACAGACCCCACACUGUGGCCUUUCUCUCAGAACCUCUGAGAUUGGUACCCAGGCAAGGCACAAUGCCCCUGUCCCCAACAAGACUUCCUAGCCCCUAUGGCUCUGAUCGCCUGGUACGGCUAGCAGCCAGGCUCCGGCCAGCACUAUGUGAUACCCUGAUCACCGUGGGGAGCCAGGAGUUCCCUGCCCACAGCCUGGUGCUGGCAGGUGCAAGCCAGCAGCUGGGCCGCAGGGGCCGCUGGGCUCUGGUGAAAGGCAUCAGCCCUUCCACCUUUGCCCAGCUUCUGUACUUUGUUUAUGGAGAGAGCGUAGAGCUUCAGCCUGGGGAACUGGAACCCCUUGAGGAGGCGGCCAGGGCCUUGGGGGUACAGUCCCUGGAAGAGGCGUGCAGAAGGGUUCGAAGGGACAGGGCUAGAGAAGAGCUGGGUCCGGGACUGAAGGAACAUCAGGAGGAGCCAGAGAAACCCACAAAGGGUUCUGAGAGAGGAGUAGGGGCCCUUGGAGAGAAGCAGAGACCAGAGAAAUUUGUUAGAGCUGGUGGGCGAGAACAGGAAACACUGCAGAAGCACAGGCCACCAAGAGAGAGCCCUGAGAUGGCAGAGGCAACGAGGGAGGGCCAGGGAGUGCAGAUGAGAUUCAAGGAGAAACUCAACCAAUUCCCUGUUGGCCAUGGGGGAGUAGAUGGGAAGCAAGAAGUGAUCAUGUGGGUGAGGGAGACUCCAGGGGGCUCUGAGGAAACUCUGCGGGAGUUCCCUGGCCCCCUUCCCCCACCUGGUUCCCUCCAAACCAGCGUCACCCCUAGGCCCUGGUGGGCUGAGGCCCCUUGGUUAGGGGAGGGGCAGCCUGCCCUAUGGAGCAUCCUGCUGUUGCCGCCCAGAUAUGGCACCCCCUUCCCCCAUAGCACCCCCAUCACUGGAACCUGGCAGGAGGUCUGGCCUCAGGACAAGAGGAUGCCACUGUCCCUAAACCUCCACAAAGGGCUCUGGAGCCAGAACCAAGUGGCCUCCUCCAGCCCAACCCCAGGUUCCCUCCACCAGGGCCCCGCACAGCUUAGCCCUGUGGAGAUGGAAGAGUCUGAUCAGAGGCACACAGGUGCACUUGCAACUUGUGUGGGUCAUAUGGGCACUGCAGGCCGCCCAUCUUGCCAGCACCCCCCCCUGCCCCCUCCUGCUCGGUCCAGGCCCUAUUCUUGUUCUGUCUGUGGAAAGAGGUUUUCACUCAAGCAUCAGAUGGAGACGCACUACCGAGUCCACACAGGAGAGAAGCCCUUCUCCUGUAGCCUCUGUCCCCAGCGCUCCCGGGACUUCUCGGCCAUGACCAAGCACCUGCGGACGCACGGGGCCGCACCCUACCGCUGCCCUCUGUGCCAGGCCGGCUGCCCCAGCCUGGCUUCCAUGCAGGCGCACAUGCGCGGCCACUCGCCCAGUCAGCUCCCGCCCGGAUGGACCAUUCGCUCCACCUUCCUCUACUCCUCCUCCUCCUCCUCCUCGAGGCCGUCCCGGGCCUCGACCUCUCCCUGUAGGCCUCCUUCCUCCACCACCUGACGGGGUGUCGGUAGCUUCUUUGGCUUCAGCCAAGAGUACAAUUAAAGAACGAAAGACGGGCGGCGGGCUGCCUAGGCUUCUGACCCGGCUACGGCGGCAUGUCCAAUUCGGCUCCAAGAAGCGUGGCAGGAAGGGCGCUGAGAGCCCUCUCUCAGAUGAUAGCAGGCCACAGAAACCUGGGCCAGCGAGCCCUUGUAGGGUGAGGGCAGUGAGCUUUGCACGAGUGAAGGUUAACUGUGCGGAGACUGGCGAUUUCAUCACCAAAAUAAAGAGUUUCCUGUGCCUUCCUCUCAGGACAAG